CCACUUGACGUCGGACGGACGACGGAAUGGUGGAGAGUGAUGCCACUGGUGGGCCUGAUUCGGCUCCCGAGUCUACUACUGUGCCAGAGCUGGCAGUGACUGCUCCGGAUGAUGCCAUGAAUGAGGAGAGCAAGACUGUGGUGGGGACCGAGGCUGGGGACAAUGACCGGACUGAUGGUGCUGUGUCAGAGCCGACUGGGGAUGAUGCUGGUGACGAUGGCGAUGAGGAUGCUCCGGUGACUGGGGGAAAGGACAAAGAAGUUUCCAAACCCGAGCCGGAGCCGGUCUCUGUCGCCAUCGAGGCCGAGCAAGACCAGGAUGAAAAGUACCUCAAGGCGUUCUUCACAAAGGUCGACCGCGCUCUCACGCCGUCAGCGGACAACCCGACCCAGCUCCUUGCCGACAUUCAUGGGUACAUGGACAAGGCAAUUGCCGAGCGCGAUGUCGAGCUCCCGGCACCCGAGCCGACCGCAGACGAUGCCGCCGCCGACGCCGCGCCGGCGCCCGCCGCCGAGCCUGUCCGCGGUGCAACCGUCUUUUCGCAGGUCUUCUUCAACAACGCGCUAUUUGUCAUGACCACCACCCUCGUCGACCGGUCAUACGAGUUUGAGUCGUGGGCGUCCGCGGCCGAGGCCUUUCUGGUCCGAGCCGUCACCUUUGUGUCGGGCGAGAUCCACGCCGCCAUUGCCGACGGCCGCGCCGUCGACGACAAGAUGAUGCGUGUGCUCGAGGGUGCUCUGCGGCCCAAGGGCCGAAUGUACAAGAACCACGGCCUGGUCUCGGAGCUCAGCACCGACGACCCCCGUGCUGCAGCCUACGCCCAUGGGGCGCAUGCUGCAGUCGUCAUUGCCCACUCGGCCGGCUCGAUCUGCGAGUCGGUCCACUUUGGCGCCGUCCUCGAGGCCUUUGUCAACGCCUCGGGCUUUGGUGCACUCACGGCGCUGCUCUCACUCGCCGACCUCGACGUCGCGCUCCUUGUCCGACUUCUCGAGCUUGUUGAAAAGGUCCGCGGCUGCCUGACCAAGGACUUUCUAGCCGCCACCGCCUCCGAGCUCCACGACGCCAUCCUCGCCUUCAUCAAGGGCCUGGACGACCGCGCCCGCCGCGAGGUUGACCUCGUCGACCUCGCCGACGUCCUCAACUCGCUCGCCAAGAUUGUCAUCGCUGCCGACGAGCCGCAGCUCAAUGCAGCCGUCCAAGAGUACAAGCUCCAGCUGGCGCUCGAGUUUAUGGGCCUCCCGUACAUCCGCGCCGUCGUCACCGCCAUCGACUGGAUCGUGCAUCUCACCAAGGUUGCUGCCGGCAAGAAGAAGGAGAACUCGUCGUUCCGCAAGGCACGCAGUGGCGCCGGAAGCUCGUCGCGGGCCUCGACAAGCACCUACUCGUACUCGGCCGCCGUCGCGUCGGCAUCGUCGUCGGCCGCUGGUCCGUCGCGCAAGCGCUCGAACUCGGACCCGGACCCGGCAGCGUCGACAUCGAUGGCCAUUGUCCCGGUCACUACCGUCCUGACUGACGGCAUCUACUUUCCGGGUGACGAGGACAACGCGCCGGUCGCCGGCUGCGCUUCGUUUGAGGAGCAUGUGACGUCGGGUGGUGGCAACGGGAACGCGGCCCGCGCCCGCUCCGCCAACAACUCGCCAGCCGGCUCGGAUGGCGAGGGCGGCGAGGAGCUUGUUGUCUUUGGCUCCAACCGCGGCCUCUCAGCACUCGACCCGCCGUCGCCCGCGCCGUCGUCAGCCGCCGCCUCGUCGGCUGCCUCGGCCGAGUCCUCACCGCGCUCGACCCGCAAGUCGCCGCCUUCGCCGCCGCCCAAGCCUCCGCCGCUCUUCCUCACCACCGAGUACCUCCUCGCCUGGAUGGAGGAGCAUGACAUUGUCUCGGCCAUCCUCCGGCUCGAGCACCCCGAGGCUGUCAAGCGCGGCGGCAAGAUCCUCGAGUUUAUCGCCUCGUCAUCGUCGCUCUCCACAGACGUCCUCGACCACAUCUGGUCGUCGGCGCUCAACGUCCACGAGUCAGUCCAGGUCAAGGUCUUUGAGCUUAUCGAGUCGCUGCUUCCACUUAUCGAGCCGGAGCAGGUCGACCACCUCUUCGACUCGAUCCUCAAGCUCACCGUCGACCAGUUCAACAACCAGGUCCUCUCCUUCCUCUCGGACUUUACCAAAAGAGCUAUCCUCGUCCACAACACCCGCGUCGCCAAGAUUGCCUCUGAUGCCCGUCGCAAACUCUCCGAGGCCCUCGCCUCGGACGAGGACGCCGCUGCCGCCGACGAGGCCACCAUCGCCGCCCUCCAAGCCGACAUUGAGGCCGCCGAGGCCGCCAAGGCCAAGCCCAAGCUCUAUGGUCUCGAGAUCUUCUGGGACCUGCUCGUCGAGGACUCGGCCGACGAGGCUGUCCUCCGCGAGGCUUGCCAGCACCUGCAGGCUCUCCUCAAGACCUACAAGCAGCAUCGCUCGCUCUUUCUCAAGCGCACCAUUGACAACGUCCACGCCGGCCGCAUCGUCUCCACCUCGCUCAGGCUGCUCUCGGAAAUCCUCGCCACUUGCCCGUCGUCGGACCUCGCCGCCACCAUCUCGUCGCUCGAGGAGUCGUACGGCGUCCUUUCGCCGCUUGCCGCCUCGCUAGCGUCGUGCGCCGCCGCCGACGACACCCAGGUCGAGCUCAAGCUCCGCCUCUCCACCCUCGAGUUUCUCCUCACCCGCUCGCCGCUCGAGCUCCCCAUCGACCAGGCUCUGGCGAUCUGGGACGGCAUCCUUGCUGCCGGCGCCCCCGACGUCGCCUUUGACUGGUUCUCCUCGCUUCCGGCCCGAGUCCUUGUCGACCCGUACAAGAAAGCCUCGGCACGAACCUCGUCCACGUUCCCGGUCAUGACGGCGGCUCUCACCGACGCUCUCUUCACUCAGCGCCUCAUGGAGCUCCCGGUUGCCUCGUUCACCUCGGCCGGCAUGGUCCUGUAUCAGGAGUUCUUUGUCGCCGUCAACGCCCGCCGCCGCGCGCUUCGCCGCCUCGGUGAGACCGCUUUCAAGAUCAAGGACUUUGACGGCCUUGUGGGCCUCGGCAAGCUCUGGCGCCUUGCCUUUGAGGUCUCCGCUGACGAUGUGGCCAACCCGGCGUUGCUCAUGCUCCGCAUGACCCACACCUCGGUCUCGUCGCGGGUCGAGCCGCUUGCCCUCGCCGCCGUCCGCACCGCCUUUGCCGACAAGACCUUUGGCCUGCUCGUCUCGUUUGCCUCGGGUGGCCAGGGUGAUGGCACGGCCAAGUACGCCGCGCGCGCGCUCUACCUCCUCACCGAGGUGGUCAACGCCGAGGCCGGCGCCGCCCUCGGUGCCUCGGCCCUCCUCUCGGCCGACCGGUUUGACCAGCUCUUUGCGCUCCUCGCCACCGCGCCGGCCAACCGCGCCGCCCUCUGGCAGCUCCUGCAGGCACUUCCGGCCAACCUGGACCUGGCGAGCUCGCUCGACGCGCUUGAGCGCGUGGGUGAGACCGGCCCCAUCGCCGCCCUCGCCAAGUUUGCGCCAGACUCGCCGCUCUUUGUCUUUCACCAGCUCUACGUCCUCCUCCUUGUGCAGGCCAGGAUUGCGGACCAGCCGGCGUGGGCCGAGCAGUUUGUCGCCGCUGGCGGCCUGGUCCACUGCGUCGAGCUCUUCACCUCGCCGCAGCUCCUCGACCGCGAGACUGACGACUUUGCCUACGCCAAGCAGCUGUCGUCGCUCCUCGCAGUUCUCAUUAACUCCAUCUUCACCUCGGGCCUGCUCUCGCCCGAGACGCUCGCCGGCACCCUCGACGCCUCGUUUGUCCACGGGCUGAUGGACCAGAUCACCCAGCUCGCGUCGCCGCAAGAUGUCUCCACCUCGGAUACUCUGCUCGAGCUCGAGGCCAAGAUGCCGUCCAAGGCCUCCAAGGUGGCCGACCGCAUCGCCAACUGCCACUACGGCGCCAACAAGCUCCACACCAAGUGGGUCAUCGAGGGCUCGGCCCACUACCAGGUCGCUGCCUACUGCAUCGACUACAACACCCAUCGCCGCGCCCAGUCGAUGGUGGCCUGGAUCGGCGACGACGACUCGCUCGGCAACAAUCCCAACUCCGAAGGCGAGCACCCGCGCGCUGUUGUUCUCGAGGGUGAGUCGUUCCACAACGGUCAGUGGGUGGUGUGGGACGUCCAUGGCGAAGGCACUUUUAACCUCGUCAUCGACACGGUCGGCAACGAGCCGCCCAACUGGACCCUCUCUGCCAUACUUGUCGACAAGUCGCCGAAUGGGAGCCGCGGUGAGCCGACCGACGGCUACCCGGCGCUUGUUACCAUCGACUCCAAGACCCAGGGCAAGUGGCGCGGCGUGUAUGGCGCGUGCGGCGGUGUUCUUCUCGGCAAAGAGGAUUACAUUGUGCCACCUCGGGUCUCGGGCCCGAGCACGCCCAAGUUUGCCUCGUUUGACACCAAGGGCGCCCUCAAGUACGCCUGGAUCCACGCCCUCACCUCGGAUCCGCGCGGCAUGCAGAUGGUGCCGGACCCCGAGGCCGAUGACUUUGACGCUCUCGCCGACGACGACUCGGACGACGAGGCCGAGCCGGUGGAGGACACAAAGCCGGCUGGAGCCGCCAACCAGACGUCAUCGCGCAAGGCUGCGCCCGUCGUCCGCGGCGGCGAGGCCGGUCGCAUCGCUGCCGCCCGUGCGGCGUCUGCUGCUGACGAGGCCGCCGCGGCUGCCACCUCGGCAACCGCGCCGAUGCCGGUCGACAAGCCUGCUUCCGGUGCAGAUGCCGCAGGUGGUGCCGAUGCCGCAGGUGCUGCCGAUGCUGCCGAUGACGCUACAGGCUCGCCCGAGGGCCUCAUGUCGAUGCUUGUGGCGUCGAUCGGCUCGGCGCCGGGCCUCAUGCCGGCGGUGCUGUCGUACCCAGGCCUCACCGAGUGGCUCAAGACCGUGCUGCUGACCGGGACCGACACUGCAGCGCGCGGCCGGGUGGCAGCCGGCCUGCUCUCGCUGGUGGGGAUGGACGCGGCAACGCUCGGCACGCCGCUGCUUGAGCUCAUGAGCUCUCUGCUUGACAGGGCCGAGGAUCUCCGCGACGAGGUUGCCUCUUUUGCGCAGUUCUUUGAUGUUCUCGCUGGCCUGCAUGCGGCGGCGACGUCGGCCGACGAGGCGAGUGCCCUUGUGCCGGGCCUUGUGGACGCGGUGGUCUCUGCGCCGUUUGUGGAGGAUUACGAGGACCUCGAGGCGUCGGAGGAUAGCCUGUUUGCAGGCCGGCUUGCUCUAGCUGCGCAGGUGCUCGAGCUUGCGGGUGCGUCGGGUGUGGCCGCCAUUCCGGGCGGCGUUUCGUCGCUGGUUGAGCACCUGGCGGACGUGGUGCUAUUCGGCAUGCCGGCGUCCAAGACGGCAGACCCCGUGCCCAAGGCCAAGACCAAGGGCACGCGCGAGGCUGCGUUCAAGCUCCUCUCCGCGCUGGCGGCCAAGGCCGAGGCUGGCUCGCUGGCCAAGGUCCUGGGGCUUGUGGAGGGGCUGUACGGCAAGGCCGAGUUGCCGGGCAACGACGACUGGGGGCUGGACAUGUCUGGCGAGGUGACGACGUCGGGCGGGACCGGGCAGGCCGGCUCGCACGGCGGCCAGGCGUAUGCCGGCCUCCGCAACCAGGGCUGCACCUGCUACAUGAAUGCCACGCUCCAGCAGCUGUACAUCAUUCCGCAGCUCCGCGAGGCUAUUCUCAAGGCGCCAAUUGAUGAGAAGCUGAGCGAAGAGGAGCUCAAGGGCAACAUCAUGUUCCAGCUGCAGCUCCUGUUCGCGUACAUGCAAGAGUCGAAGACGUCGUGGGUGGAGACCAUCGACUUUUGCAAGACGGUCAAGCUCAACGGGCAGACGAUCAAUGUGCGUCAGCAGGAGGACGCCAACGAGUUCUUCAACUCGCUUGUCGAUCAGCUCGAGCCGUUCAUCAAGGGGACCGAGGCCGAGGAGAUGUUCAACCUCGCGUUUGGCGGGCGGUUCAUCAACCAGAUCAUUUCGCAAGACUGCAAGCACACCCGCGAGCGCGAGGAGGACUUUUUGACCAUGACGGUCAAGGUGCAGGGCAAGCGGAACCUAGAGGAGGGCCUCAACUCGUUUGUGGACGCGGACGUGCUCGACGGAAACAACAAGUACCACUGCGAGGACUGCGACGCCAAGGUGACGGCGCGCAAGCGGUGCUGCAUUCAGCACCUGCCAAACCUUCUCGCGCUGCACUUGUGCCGCUUCGAGUUUUCGUUUGAGACCUUCCAGAACGUCAAGGUCUACGACCACUUUGAGUUCCCCAUGGACCUCGACAUGCGGCCGUACACCAAGGAGGGCCUUGCGGCCAAGGAAGGCACACCGAUUGCCGACGAGCUUGUCCGGCCGGACUCGUACUAUCAGUACGAGCUGGUCGGUAUCCUCAUCCACUCGGGCUCGGCCAACGCCGGCCACUACUACUCGUACAUUCGCGAGCGCGAGGUGGCCGACGACACCGAGCCGCGGUGGUUUGAGUUCAACGACCGCCGCGUCACGCCGUUCUCGGUCGACUCGAUUCCGGCCCAGGCCUUUGGCGGCAACUACUCGGGCAUGUCGACGUCGGCCAAGCCGUUUUCGGCGUAUAUGCUCUUCUACGAGCGCAAGACCAAGUAUGGAGUGCGGACUUACGACGCAACACCGCUGCCCGGCCUCACCGCCGCCGCCGACGCCGCCGCCGCCGCCGACGCUACCGACAACCCGGCUAUCCUGGACAAGAUCUGGCGCGAUGCAGUGACGUCGGCGUCGAACAAGGCCUUCCUCUCGGCGCCGACGCUCGAGUUUAUGUGGGACCUGGUUUUGCUGCAGACUCGCGAGCUCGACGCCAUCGAGCCGGUCACCGACUACCGCGACCGACCGAGGCCGAGCUGACCGAGCCAGGCCUCUUUGCCACCAUUCGCUUUGGCGUCCGCCUCAUCAUGGACAUUCUCAUCCACACCCACCACUCGGAGCCAGUCCCGUCCAAGAUGGAGUACGUUGCGUCGCUGCUGCGCAAGUCGGUGCCGGCGUGCAAGUGGCUCCUCGACACGUUCAUCGCAACCAAGUGGCUCGACAACGCGCUGCUGGCGUGCCCGCAGGCCCCGUGGCGGCGCGCUGUCGCCGACCUGGUUGUAGUCGCCCUCUCUGCUGUCGUCCCGCACGAGCAGGACUACUGGUUUGGCGACGCCCGGGCCAAGGGUGACGAGGCUCAUGCCGAGCCUGCAGCAGAAGCCGACGACAAGGCUAACGAUGGGGCCACAACCGCGGUCAAGUUUAUCAACAAGCUCAUUGCACUCCUUACCGAGUCUGCAUACAAGCCGCCGGUCAAGACGGAGGAGCUGCUGUACACGCUGCUGCAGUUUGCGCAGAUCGGGCUCGGCCCGGUGCGGUACCUGGUGUCUGUCAAUGCGAUCACGGACCUCAUUGCACUGUACGAGACACACAAGCCGUCACACUCGCCGGCAGCCAAGGCGCAGCACACGACGCUGGUCAAGCUGCUGGUCAAGCUGGUGACCGGGUGCCAGAAUCCGUGCCACGCGUCGUACCGCAAGCGGCUGCCCGAGGGUGCUCUGCCGGCGCCGACCGGCAUCGCGCUCCCACCCAAGGCUGUCUCUGUCCUCACCUCCAAGACAGUGCUCCAGCCGCUGCUGCGGUUCGCCGAGUACGCCGACGACAUGCGGGAGAUGUGCACGCACCUGGCGUUUGGCAACCGCAUGGUGUCCAAGCUUGUGCUCGACGUGUGCAUUGCCGGUACCUCGUCGUACGUGUCGACCGAUGUCCAGCGCGAGCUGUACACCUCGACAGCCGCGGCGCUCAUUGCGCUGCCGGACGACGACUCGCAGUGGCGGGCGCUCCACUGGAGCAAAGCGGUGGUCACUGCGCUCACCAACAACCAGCGGGUGCCCAAGACCCGCGAGGUCUACCUCGCGUACAUUGUCGAGCGGGCCAAGGCCGACGACGGGUUCCGCGUCAUGGUCGGCAACUCGGCCAAGCUGCACAAGCUCAUCUCGGCCUCGGCCCCGAUCCGCACUGUGGUGCAGAACAAGUACCACGACAUCUUCAUCCACCUCUUCCCCAAGAUGCAGGCCGUCGUCGAUCUGCCGAUUUCGUCGUCAACCGCCUCGCGCCCCGUUGUCCGCGUCCUCACCGAGGCCGACCACAAGGCCGACAACGACGCCAAGGGCAAGGACGAUGUCGAUCCGGCCGACGCCGCAGCCAUGGCGCUGGUCCCGAUCUCAGACGUCUCGGAUGUGGUCGAAUGAAGAAUGAAUGCACCAUUGUGGCA